ACUUUCGCAAGUGCCGACGGGUCUGUCGACGCAAAGAAAAAGAAUACGUUCGUUUCCGGUCUAGUUUUCAGUUACGACGAGAGAAUGCUAACGGUUUGAAAAGUGCGCCACAGGAGACAUUGUCUACCGGUCUAUCUCGACUACCGCAAGCGACGGGUGAUUGUUGCGAGUAACGCGUUCAUCACAGGCUUCCUUCAAGGACGAGUGGGUCGGCUCCUUUGAAAACGGACUAUGUCCGCCGUUAUCGCCCGUCGUUCGUACCAACGGUGCCGUAAGCAGGGUGCCAGACGGACCGAACUGCCUUGAUUCUGGAAGAGGAGGCUGACAAUUUCCUGACGCGACAGCUGGCUUUGACAGCGGCAACAGCAGCAGCAGCCGCCGCGGCCGCCGGCAAGAUGCCGGAGAAGGAGGUCGCUUAUCAGGAGGCAUUCUCGUUGCUGCCGCCACCCCCGCCACCGCAUCAUCCGCAUUCGGCCUUUCACGCGACCUUAUAUUCGCACCCUCAUCCGGCGCCUCCGCCACCGUUUCAUCCGCAUCACGGACCGCCGCCGCCGCCGCAUCCGGCCACGGCUUGGGAGCAUCACGCGGCGGCGGCGGCCGCGGCCGCCGCGGCCGUUGCCUUCCAUGCACCGCCACAUCACCCAUUGUCCGGCAGCACCGCGAUCGGAACAUCCGGUAACGGCAACGGAGGCAACGGUAACAACGCUGGCGGGGGUGGAGGAGGUGGGUCUGCCGGCAACGGGACUUCCGGCGGUGAUUUUCUACGCAGAAGUCAUCCCCUCUCGGAACAUACGGCCCUGCAUCCCGCGUACCGGAUCAACUACAUGGACCAUCUUUACCACCAGCUCCAAGCCUCCACGCACAGUCCCAACGCCUCGUUACACGGACUGGGUGGUUUGGGGCCCGAGUAUCUGUUACACGCGGCAGGUCCUGCUAGCACUCUCGCUUCGUCCGAAUUCCCGUUCUCUAUCGAUGCAUCGUCGAGACUAGGAAGUCCGAGAGCCUCGGCAAUCAGAGCAAGUCGGAAAAGAGCGCUAAGUAGUUCACCGUAUUCGGACAGGUUCGACAUCGACAGCAUGAUUCGAUUUAGCCCAAACAGCUUAGCAUCCAUCGUGAACGGUUCGCGAAGUAGCAGCGCGAGUGGAAGUUAUGGACAUCUUUCUGCCGCCAUGAGCCCGGCGUUGGGCAUGCAUCCCGGUAUGACGCCCCAUCUGCAACAGCUACAGGCUCAUCUUUUGAGGAGCGCGGCCGCGGCGGCGCUCUUACCUCACGCGCAUCCCCUACAGCCGCCUGCACCCCCGCCACCACCGCCGCAUCCUCAUUCUCACCCUCACGCCCAUGGACUAUCCCCCCAUUCGCAAUUGUAUCCCGGCGUGCCGCCCCAUUCCACAUCGUCGGCGACGCUGAGCCCGCACGUCGGGGUGCCCCCGAAGAGCGAGAGUGCAGAGUCUUGUAGGAAAGCGUCGGAAUCAUCGACUCCCUCGGUGACAGCAGAAAACGACACCUCGUCAAGGCGGACCGCCACCAAAGUCAAAAGGGAACCAGCGACAACUACCACCAAUACGACCACGACCACCGCCCCACCGACCCAUCCUCAAGGUCUCAGUCCGAGCGAAGAUCUUAGAGACGAACCUGGUGACUUCAUCGAGACGAAUUGUCAUUGGCGAGACUGCGGUCUCGAGUUUCCUACACAGGACGAUCUCGUGAAACAUAUCAACAAUGAUCACAUACAUGCCAACAAGAAGAGCUUUGUUUGCGGUUGGGAGGAAUGCUCGAGGGAGGAAAAACCCUUCAAGGCUCAGUACAUGUUGGUCGUGCACAUGAGAAGACACACGGGAGAAAAACCUCACAAGUGUACCUUUGAGGGCUGUUUCAAAGCUUACUCGCGAUUGGAAAAUCUCAAGACUCAUCUCAGGUCUCAUACCGGUGAGAAACCAUAUACCUGUGAAUAUCCAGGUUGCAGCAAAGCUUUCAGUAAUGCCAGCGACAGAGCGAAACAUCAAAACAGAACGCACUCCAAUGAGAAACCGUACGUUUGCAAAGCUCCUGGUUGCACCAAGCGGUACACGGAUCCGUCGUCGCUGCGAAAACACGUCAAGACCGUUCACGGUGCCGAGUUCUACGCGAACAAGAAGCACAAAGGCGGCGGUGGUGAUGGCGGUGGCAGCGACGAGGCCGGCGCAGGCGGUCAUAGUCCCAGCAGAAGCGAGGAUCUUCAUCCGAAAACGCCUAGUCUCUCAAGCCCCAGUGUCAAGUCCGAGAGUGAAGCCAACAGUCCGCCCAGUAUAAUGCAGCAACAGGGCAGCCCGUUGGUAGGCGGUUGUAACGACGAGGUCGCCGGAGUAGGCGCUCUUACCGGCGACGGGAUCGCUCUCGCCGAGGAACCGUGGAACGAGGAACCGGAUGAUCUAGACAUCGCCGAUCUUCCUGUAGCAAUACGUGCCAUGGUUGCAGGUGGUAUGGAAUCGCAGCAGCAACAACAAGUGCAAGCGCCCGUGUCGAGGAAUCGUCUGAAAGGAAGACUGAAUGCUAAAGGUGUGCCGAAUAUGCCGAUCGGCGUAGCGAAUGUACGAGGGAUUCGCGGUGUCGCACUUCAGGGUAAUAUCGGCGACCUCAAUCGAAGGAUCACAGAUCUGAAAAUGGAGGGCGGCGGUGGCCAGACACGGCAGACGAGUCUGUCCGAUCUCCAGCUGAGGUUGCAACCGCUCGGCGAGCCGCGAAGGGAUAGCAGUAGCACCGUCAGCACUUAUUACGGCAGUAUGAAAUCCACAGAUUUUGGUAGUAGAAGAAGCAGCCAAGCGAGUGCCGUUAGCGCCGUAAGAAUGGGUCCCGCGGGACCUGAAAGUUUUUACGAUCCGAUCAGUCCUGGUACGUCUAGAAGAAGCAGUCAGAUGAGCACCACUUCCGGCAGACUUAAUCCGCCGAGUCAUCUUCAAGGGCCUUACUCGACAAGUAAUCUCGUUGUUCAAACGCAAAAUAUGUCCCUUCAGAACAUUCAGGCGAUGCCAGGCGACUGGAACAAUCCGAGCGGUCAUUGUACGCAACCAUCGAAUGAUCGGCGAAUGUCUGAACCUAUUCGCAGUAACCAGGCCCAGAGGACUUCUCCUCCGAUUCCUCCCAGGCCAAGAUCGGCACAGUUGCCUGAGCUACAACCCGAGCUUCAUCCCAACCAAGAGGUAAUUCUAGACGAGAUGGGUGAAGGUGAAAUGGUAGAAAACAAACUGGUUAUUCCUGAUGAGAUGAUGCAGUAUUUGAAUCAGGUUCAAGCAGGUGGGAAUCAAGUUAGCUAUCGCAGCAGUCCUCUACCGAUUUGUCAAUCGCCGAUAUGCACGAAUCUUUUACAUUAUCAGCGACAGAUGCAGUCUACGUGUAAUUACAAUCAAUCACAUCAACAAAAUUGCUAUCCCACCCAACAAGUCGCACAACAACCAUGUCCGAACUACCCGAAUUCUUCUGCUACGCCGUACGGUCAAUGUCCAAGCUCACGCACGACUCAAUCUUCGUCGCAGUAUUGCCCGCCGCCAAAUUACGGGUCCCAAGCCACCGGCGGACAAGUGGCGAGCCCAGCCACAGCGCAAGUCAUGUCGCCGAGUUCUCACUAUUCUUCGACUCACUUGAGUGAUCAACCGCUGACGUCUCCUGCGGCUGGCGCGUUGGCGCCGCAGCACGCACCCCAAAACUUACCCCAGAACUCUGCCCAACUCACCAGAAAUUGUGCCCAGAAUCAUGCACAUCAUGCUUACUAUCCGAAUUAUUGCGCCGGUCAAGUUAACGCAAACUGCACCGGCAACGCUCCUAGCCAAAUCAAUCAUCAUUCCAACCAAACUUGCGGGCCGUCUAAUCACGCAAUGCAAAUGCGGCUAACAGCUAACAACUGUCAACAAUUGUCGCCACAUUGCGCGCAACCAACCGUGCCAAUACUCAAUCCACCACCGACCAUUGCCCAUCCGAACACGCAGUGUACGCAGUCUUCUGGUCAAUGCACGAGGCCUAUGGUGACGCCUAACGGUCACGGUCAGAUAUCCAACAUGCAUUCUGCGCAACAAUCUUCGAUGACCAAUCAAUGCGGUCCAAUGUCGCCACAUUGUUCUCAGUUGAAUCUCCCGAAUCAAAGUAAACCGAUAAAUACACUUGCGACCAAUCUUCCAAGCUGCCAGCAAUCUCAACAGUCGACACCCUGCUUGCAAAUCACCAACUGCGUUCAUCCCAGUGGCGCGCAUCGUCAAGUCAAUGACGGUGGUGUCUCGAAGAGAACGUCACCACAGCUUUGCAACGCUCAGCAGACCAAUUGUAGAAUGCAGCAGCAACAACAACAGACCUGUGCACAUAAUUGUCAAGCGCGCAACAAUCUUUCGACUCAUCAACAGUAUAAUUGUAAUUGCCCAUGGUCUUACGGAAAUCAAUGCUAUCACGAUCAACAUGGCGGACCAUUACCGGAAAUACAGUGCAGGGAUAUUAGUCAAUCGCAGCAGGGCUCGCCGGUGAAGCCACCUCAAGGUAUGAGACAAGAUUCUUAUCGCAGGACAUUGGAAUACGUCCAACAAUGCAGGAAUUGGUCCGGCAACGCGCAGACUCACGAAACUAACGUCUCCAGUUCGACGCAUCCUAUAUCUUUACCGCAACCUCUGCCAGCUAGCGCCAAUAUGGUUGUCAAUGACAUGACGUCUUCGCUUAGCUCUUUGCUGGAAGAAAAUAGAUAUUUGCAAAUGAUCCAAUAAUAACGAUCCGAUCUAUUUAUGAAAAAUACGAGUUUAAUUUCAUUGUCGAUCGAUGAAAAAAGUGUCAUAAUUUGCUUCUUGAUAUUAUAUUAGUAACAUAAAUCAUAUAAAACUUGUGUUUCACAUAAAAGAAAUCAAAUAUUAAACACAUGAUAUAUUUGUUUGAUGUGUAGCAUGAAAUAACUAAAAAUCAGAUUUUAACUUGAUAUGAGUGAUAUUGAUAAAAAUUUAUGCUAUUUUUAAAAAGACGAAAUUAUAUAAUAGUAUUAAUAGUAUUAAUAUGAUAUAUCUUUAUAUGCGGUAAAAUUUGUAUAGUUGUGAUAUAGGAAUUCAAAGUGCCUUUUUUAAACAACGUGCAUCUAAAAAGUGCCACUGAGUUAAGUUAUUAUUUUUAAAAAUAAAGAUUUACAUCUCGUUAAGUACCUCAAAGGUUCAUAGUACAUAUAACUUAAAAUUAGAUAUUAAGAUAUUUUACCAUAUCAAAGGAUAAAAGAAUGAAACAUAUGAAGACAAUAUAUUGAUCAUACAAUAUACGAUUGAUAAAUUUCAAUCUAUGAUAUAUGCAAGAUAUUUGUUGAGAAAACUAUGUACUUUAAAUUAUUGUAUAUAGAUAUAUCUUUAUUAUAUAUACAUAUAUUUUGUACAUCAAUUUCAUUAUACGAAGUGUGCCAAUAAAGCGUUGUUUUAUCAUAAUUGAGCUCAAUGAUAUAUAGUGUACACUGGCGUACACAGUGAUAAGAAGAGAGAAAUAAAAUAAUUAAGCAAUUAUUAGUCCAUUGAACAAUAAAAAUAACAAGACUUAGGAUGAAAAUAAUUUGGAUUCAUCUUGAUAAAAGCCUAUUUUUAAAAAGAAGCUAAUAUUAGAACAGACGAGAGAAAUGUAAAGAACAGAUAAAAUUAAGAGAUAAUUAUAACUAUUAAGACAGAAAACAAUAGAUAUAAUCAUAUGUACGCGUGAGUUUCCAGAUCGAAUGUCUUUUGUAAUAAUUAUUUUGUAUAAAGGAACUUAUGAUAACAAAUUUAUAAAUUUAUUACAAAAUACAAUUUGUGUGUGUGCUUUCGGUUUAAUUGGCCAUUAUAAUAUUACAAAUAUUUCCAAGUGCCUUCAAUGAUGAUUGGGAAGCAAAAAUAGAGAUGCGAUGAACAGUGAACGUUAAAUGCUGAAAAAUCUGAGAACAUAAUGUAUAUGUAUCUAGAACUGUUUUUGUUAUACAAAUAAUUUUUAUAAAUUUUAUUAAAUUUUGCGAUCACAAAAAUGUAAACUAAUUUGUGAAUAUUAUAUAUAUAUAUGAAUAUAUUUACUACAUUGGAUAUUACAUGAUAACAAAAUAUGUACGAUAAAGUAUAUAGGAAUGAUAUCAAAUCAUACAGAACUGUCUCUCCCUACAUCUGUGCGAAAUUGUUAAUUAUUUUGAAAAUAAAUCAUAUCAAAUCUAUAA